CGAGCCACGCAGUGGAUCUUGCCGUCCCAUGGGGCCGCUAGCUGUCCCCUACGCUAGGUCCGACUCCCUCCAGGCCGGGCGACAUGGGGAGGGGCAAAAGAGCCUCGGGGGAGUAGAAAGGAAAGUGAAACUGCCCACGAGACUUUCGCUUUCACCGCCUCCGGGCGCCAUCCAGGUGGCCCGGCACUCCCCGGUCGCGCUGGAGUGCAGCCGCCGCGCGCCCCUGAACCGACCCCUGGCGCACCGCGUCCCCAGUGGCCGGCGACCUCUGGCGGAGGGACGAAGGGACGGUCCCAGACAGCAGGCCACCCAUGGCGGGGGCCGGGGGUCCCCUGCGCCUUCGCGACUGGCUGGUGGCACAGAUCGAGAGUGGGCGCUACCCAGGGCUGCGCUGGGAGGACGCGGGCAAGACCCUCUUCCGCAUCCCCUGGAAGCACGCAGCCAAGCAGGGCUACCAGGCGCAGCAGGACGCCGCGCUCUUCAGGUUGCUGGAGGGUGAUGACCCUAAGCACGAUGCCUGGCCCCUAGAAGGAGCUCAAUACUUACUGAACGUGUGGUUCCUGGCCUACGCCUUAAGGGCCUGGGCCAUACACAAGGGCAAGCACCUAGAGGGCAUUGACAAGGAGGACCCCUCCACCUGGAAGACUCGGCUCCGCUGUGCCCUCAACAAGAGUGCGGACUUCUGCGAGGUGCGUGAGCGCAGCCAGCUGGACAUCUCCAACCCCUACAAGGUGUACCGGCUCGUGUCCGAUGGUGCCCAUGGCCCAGUUACCAGGGCUUGUGCUCCCCAUAAAGAGGAAGGCAUUCCCCAGAGCCAGCAGGAGCCCCCUGGAGAAGGGACAGAGCCGGCCUGCAGGACAGACCAGGAUGGCUCCAGAUUAGCCACAGAGGAUAAGGACAAGGAGCGGCCCCCCAGGCUGGCCCAGCAGGGCUCCCCACCACCAGCUGCCCUGCUCCCAGGCCCUCUGGCUGAUCACCGGUACCAAGCCCAGGAUCCUGCACACCCCUGGGGCCUCUUGCUCUCUGAGGAUUUCGGCAACCCUGAUUGCUGGCUGCACGUGCGGCUCUUCUACGGCGCCGAGCUGGUGCGCGAAGCCGUGGCGCGCACUGCCGAGGGCUGCAGCCUGAGCCCGCGCGCCGCCGCCGAGCGCCUGCUGGGGCGGCCACCGCGCAUGGCACAGGUUCGCUUCCCGGAGCCGCCGCCGGGCGCCCGCGUGCUGCGGUGCCUGCUGCCGCACUUGGAGCGCGGCGUGCUGCUGUGGGUGGCGCCCGAGGGCGUCUUCGCCAAGCGCCUGUGCCAGGGGCGCGUGUACUGGCGCGGCCCGCUCGCCCCACACCGCUCGCGGCCCAACAAACUAGAGCGCGAGCGCACCUGCCAGCUGCUCGAUACGCGCCGCUUCCUAGCUGAACUGCACGCCCACCUGCAGGAUGGCCGCCCGGAGCCUGAGUACCAGAUCCGGCUGUGCUUUGGCGAGGAGUACCCAGGGCCCCCGGACCAGCCCGAGGAGCGUCUCAUUAUGGCCCAUGUGGAGCCGAUCUUCGCCCGCGAGCUCCUCCUACACUCAAAACGCCAAGGCCGGGUCCCCAGCCUUGAACCCCCGAGAGCGUCACUCACCUGAUGACACAGCUGAGCCAGCCUUCGGUGGCUGCUUCCACCUCCCGUACCCUCUAAAGCAGCCCCCCCCCGGCCCCAGGGCGCAGAUCCCACCCAGGGACUUGCCGCCGGCUGAGCCAGGGGACUUGCGGUUUCGCCCCAUCCAUCGCCCAGGUAGGAUGAGACGGAGGAAGCCAAUCCUGGCCUUCAAUCCCUCAGCCUCUCAGCGCGGAGAGGCAGGGGAAUCCUGAAAGAAGGUGUGUGGGCGGACAGCUGCGCAGCUGAGCCGGGGGCAUCAGGCCUGAAAACCAAACUUGAUCUUGAGGUUUAAGAAACAGCAAUUAAGACAGAAACAAGGCUUUUAUUUUUGAAAGAAACCAGCCUUUUUUGUUGGGAGCCCAGCAUGCCUCUAGUGACUUACCUAAGGCAGACCUCACCUGUGAUUGAUAUGGUUUGCUUAAAGCUGAGUUUACCAAUAAUUAGAUCCUCAAGAUGGUUUAGACUGGGGUCAGCCAGUAAGAGGAACCCCUGACCUCUGAGGGGUUCUGAGUUUCCAGACCCUCCUUCCACCUGUCACCAGUCUCUCUUCUUCCAGGAUGGGUGGGGAGUCGUGAGGAAAGUGCAAAACGGUGGACUUGGUCUCCAAAGAUUCUGUCUUUGGAGAAGCUGAGGCAGGCCCCCAAACACAGCCCCAGGACAGAAGCCAAAGUGGGAGCCAGAAGUCCAGCCCCUCCCCAAGCGCCAUCAAUCUUUGCAAACUCUAAGUUGUAAGUUCCUUGAGAACUGGGAGGGAACCCCUCGCCCAAGAAGGCAGUGACCCUGCCUUGUCGGUAAAGUUACUGUUUUCCACCCCAGAUAUCAGACCUUUCACCUUUUCUGAUUUCUGACCUCACUUAUAAGAAUUCUCUUACAGAUGGCAACAUAAAAAAAUAGCUUUUAGUGAUACAUUAAUAAGCCACUUUUAUGGAGGGAAACCUCUAUGAUUCAACAAAGGAGAGAAGUCAAUCAAACCACUAUUUCUAAAAAUUUAUUUAUUUA